AAGUUUUGAUUGACUUGUUCUCAUGUUUUUGGUUUAUCUUUCAGCGGAAGUUUUUGCUGGGCUGGCUACCGCGGAGGAGAUGGCUAAAGGCGCUAGCGUUGCGCAGGAGGGGCUAGCCGUUCCUCCGCCGCGUGAGCCUGCGCCUUCUGCGUUGGCCAACAGGCCUUCGCCUGCUGAUGUUCUUGGUCCUGGUGCUUCUGAACCUUCGAUCACAGGUUGGACUGAUGCCUUGCGCGAGGUUCAUUCCUUGGUCGGAGAUCGUUUUCGUCAGAAGCUUCGCGGCAUGGACUUUGACACGCUCCUUCGCGUGCAAUAUGAGCACCAUAGCCUUGGUCACCACAUGGCUGCCGCCUUAGAGGAGCGUUGCUCCCGGGAGGUUAUCUGCCGUGAUGAGGCAAUUGGUGUUCUGAAGAAGGAGAACGAGACCUUGGAGGCUGAGAAGGCUCGUCUGUCGGAGGAGGUUAGGGAGUUUUCCUCCGUCAGGAGGGAGGUUGAAUCCCUGAAAAAGGAGAGGGAUGACUACAAGGCUGGGUCGGAGGCUCUAAGGAAGGAGAAAGAUGAUGCCGAAGCUUCGGUGGCGGUCCUCCGCACAAGUGUUGCUGAGGCGGGGAGAGUUAGGGACGUAGCCCUGCAGCGAGCUGAGAAGGCGGAGGACAUUGCUGAACGCCUUCGCAAAGAGCUUGACGCUGAGCGGACGUCUGCAGCUGAGCUGCAGACUCGCAUACAGAAGGCAGAAGCGGAGGCUGCAGCUAUUGUCGGGCUCUAUGCCGACUCGCUUGCGAAGUUUGGGGGAAGCACCUCUGCUCCUCCGCCCGGCGGCGAUGUUGGGGCUGCCCUCGCGUGGCUGAAGUCUCAUAUCCGCAUGCUCCCCGACUUUGUCGGAGGUGCUGUUGAUUUUGGGGCUUUGGCCGCGGUUAGCUCCUUCGCUAGGCUUUUGCGCCGCGGAGGUUGCUCUCACGCGGAGGGAGUCGCCAAGGAGGAAUUUGCCGCGGCGGAGGACGUUGGCGAAGGGACUCCUUCCCUGCGCAAAUCUGUCCGGAACUUUAUCAGUUCGUUCUGGAUUAGGUUUGGGCGGGAUGAGGCGAAGAAAAUGGCGGAGGAUCGUCGAGCUGAGGAGAUUGCGAAGAAGAAGGCUAAGGUUGUCAAGGCCGGUCCUUCGCGUCCACCGAGUGAGGCGUGUCCUCCGACCCAGCCUGAAGCGGAGGCCCGUGAUACUGGUGCCAAAGCUCCGGAGGGAUCUGGUGCCAAGGUUUCAGAGACUCCCGAGGCUCCUGCUCCUCCUCCGCCUCAGGUGUGAGGCUUUUUAGUUUUUAGGUUUUUCUUAGUCUUUUUUGCGUCCAAGCAUGUGACGCUUUUUUGUAAGUAAGGUCGGAGGUUGUGUUUUAUUUUGUAAAGAAUGUUGAAAAUAUAAUAUAUUGAGUUGUUUUGAGAUAAGCCUUUGUUUUACACUUUGAUCCUGCGCAGGUCUCUGGCGGAGGACCUGCGCAGGAUCGUUUCAUUACUCCCCUUUCGUUUUUUUACAAAGGGAUUUAUGUUUCUGGUGAAUUGUGGGAGUAUUGGCAAGUUGCCUUCCCUAAUAUGAGAUUGGUGGAUAUGUUCGAGUUUGUUGGAUAUGAUAUUGAUGGCGAAGGAUCUGGAUUUAUCCAAUCGCUUGCGCGCCGAGGUUCAUGGCCUCCGGCUUAGGUGGAUGAUUUUGUUUUUCUUUUCGUUUAUCGUAGGUUUUGGUUAUAUUUUUUAUGACAUGAUUUGAUGUGUUUAUGUAGUUGCCAUAUCCUAUCCUUCGCAUCUUUGGUGAGAGAGAUAGGGUACGCUGGGUGGCGGAGGCUUCUGAGGAUGUUGCUGAGCCUUUUCUUCAAGGUUUUCCGGAGGUUCGAAAGCUUCGUUUGGCUUUUUAGUUUUAUCCUUCGUUUUUGUUGGAUUUGAAGUUGUUAUUUUCUGCGCGCAGGUUGUGAAUUCCUCUCCGUUGGAAGAUCUUCCUUCGAACUUUGUCGAAGGAAGUUACGUUACCCCGGUGACGUUCAAGCGUGGAGAUUUGUACGCGAGGGGUUAUCUUAUUGACUGGUGGCGCCACAAGUAUCCUACGCGUAGUCUAGAUGACUUAGUUGAUUUCCUUGUUCGUGAUUACUGUGAUGAUCUUAGGCUUUUUCCAGAUUCGUAUGUUAGAAUUGUGCGAGGGUCUUAGAACCUUCGGCGUUUUACGGUCGGAGGAUGUUUCUCAUUUUUUGUUGUAAGCUUGUGUUAUGUACAUUGUAUACGGUUAAUAAAGAUCAGAUAUUUUUACCACAUGGCCUUCGCACCUUUUAAUUUUGACAGCCUUCGCGCUAUAAUUUGUACGUGACUCAUAGAUCCUUCGGUUGUUUAGUUGAAGGAGGGUUUGAAAGUUGAACUUGUACAAGCUACCCAUAACCUUCGACUUUUUAUGGGUCGAAGGUUGAUUUUAUUCAUUUUUUGUAAAUGAACUUUUGUAAUGAUUUCUUCAUUGAUAAUAAAGUUUUUAAUUUUGCUACAACCUUCGAUCUCAUUUUUAUUACAACCUUUGCGCUACAGCAUUUAUAUAUCGCAACGUUACGGUGGUGUUGAUCCUAAGGAUCUUUGUGUUGCUGUGGCUUGCUUGUUCUUGAUGCUUGUUGUUGCGAAGGAGUUCUUGAUUUUUUCUUGCGCGGAGGAUCGUUGCUUCUUGGCCUUAGAACCUUCGACUUUAUUGGUGCGAAGGAUCCUUCGCUGAAUUGUGCUAUUUUUUUCCUUUGCUCGACUCCCGUGGAGUGUUGUCGAGGAGAACCUUCGGCUGUCUAAGUCGGAGGUUUUGAAGGGAUGUUACGAGACUUCGUGCGAUACCCUUCAGAGACCUCUGAGUCUGGCUUCCAUUGUUUCUGUUGUGGCUGUACACGACUUUGCGGUCGAUGUUCAUCACAACGCCGCAGUUCUAGUAUUACGAAGCUUCGUGCGAUACAAACUUUUGUUGCUGUUGUGAGGCUAACUCCUGCUUCCAUGGUGGCCUAGGAUUUUUGCUUUUUGACUGCUAGGUUUGCACUCGAUGAUCGGGUCUUUGUAUACUGAUCCUGAUUGAGGGUGGGGGCAGGUUUAGUCUGGUUUUAUAGGCUUUCGUGCAUUUAUUUUAUGUACUUAGUUAGGUUAAAAUUUAUUGCCGGGUUAUUGAUGGUUGUUGUGGUAGUU